CGGAGCUCUUGUGUCGUUCCAGAGAGAUGGACUUCGCGCCGUGCCUGGCCACAAGCAUCCCCCGCCCCGCCCCGCUGUUGCUGUCCGCCCUGGCUACCCUCACCACCCUCACCUCCAGCACUGCCCGCGCGGAAGAGGGCACGAGGUGGGAGGACAUCCUGAGGGAGGCGCCGCCCAUCCAGUACUCUACCCUGAGCGGGCCGUCCUUCCUCAACACCACCACGCGCACGUACGAGGUGGUGGCGGGGGGCACGGCCAAACUGCACUGCGGCGUCAGGAACCUCCACAACUUCACGGUGUCGUGGGUUAGAGGAGCAGACAUCCGCCUCCUCACCACGGGCUCCAUCACCUACACGUCAGACUCAAGGUUCGUGGCGGUCAAUCCCUCGAAAGGCGAUCAGUGGCUCCUCAAGAUUCACUACGUGCGGAUGAGCGAUGCCGGGUCUUACCUCUGCCAGGUGUCCACAACGCCGCCCAUCACUCUCACAGUUAAUCUCACCGUCCAAGAGGCCGUGGCCAGCGUGAUGCCGGGGAGGGAGGUGUUCGUGAAGAGCGGCAGCCGGCUGGAGGUGGUGUGCCAGGUGGAGGGAUGCCCGCCCCCUGCCCUCCUCGCCUGGACCAGAGGGGGCCAGAAGGUGCACAUGCCAGACUCGCUCCGCUAUGACCUCGCGAAGAACAACGGCAGCCUCUCCGUGUCGCGCCUGACGUUGGCUCGGCAAUCCGCCACUGCGUCGGACUCGGGGAACUACAGCUGCACCUCAACUUGCACCAUACCCAUCAACGUAACGGUACAUGUGUUGCGAGGAGAGGAGUUGGCGGCCAUGCAACACCACAACACCUCCAGCGGACCUUCCCCUUCAAGCCUUCUCCUCAUACUGCUUCAGGCGGUGCUUCUCCUGGACGCUCACUACACGCUGGGCCGGCGGUACCUCGGGACGCUAAGACUGCUGGCGGUACCUCACGACAAGCCGCCUUCCCCUCACACGCCAGCCCUUACAUGAAACUGAGGAGGGGGACGAGGAGGAGGAGGAGGAGAAGGAGGAGGAGGAGGAGAGGGGAGAGUUAGAGAGGAGGGUUUAAUGAGUGAAGAUAGAAAACGAGGGCAGGAAAUGGCAUGGCAGGAGGGGAAGGAAAACAGGAUGCGAGGAAGGGAAAGAAGAGCUCAGAUGCGACGUGGGAUGCUGGCCGAGGGAAGACGAGUGGUGAUUGUUGCAGGUCUGGCUGGGAUGAUAAGCUCUUGGCACCCCUCCUUGCACCGCGACGCACGCACACACGCACACAUAAUACACAUAGACACGAACACACACACACACACACACUCACAUUUUCACUUAUUCACACAAAAAUUUUCUUACUAGCAAACAUUAUAUCUAACACAUACAUCAUCACUAACACACACACACACUAACACUAACACACAUUAUAUCUAACACAUACACCAUCACUAACACACACACACACACACACACACACACACACACACACACACACACACACACACAUUUGCAUACAGACUAGAUUACUGUAUUAAGCCUUCAAAUAAAUUCAACUAAAGUUCAGUGGAAUAAAAUGAUGCUAGGAAUGGGUACACACGCACACACACACACACACACACACACACACACACACACACACACACACACACACACACACACACACACACACACAUACACACACACAGCACCUUCCCCGCUGUACAUUAUCCCCCCCCCCCCCCAAAACAAAAUUCACCUCCCGCCACCUCCACCACCCCCAAAACUACCACACAACAACCACAUUAUAAACAGCAAAUUCAUAAGUGUUGGCAUUUCGUAACAAACUGGCGUUCAUGUUCAUCAUAAGGUGGAGUGUAUAAAUGUGAAUGUAAGAAAAUGAAUACAUCUAUAUCUAUAUUAAACAAAACUUGGAAUAAUCUGGGCUUUUCUUCCAUCCCCAUUCCUUCUCCUCUUCCUCCUCCUGCUCCUCCUUCAUCUCUUUGCUUCGGGCGUGCUGGGUCCCGCCGCCUCGAGCUAGGAAAGUCAUCACUGAAAAGGUUCCCCGCAUUUUUCAAGUCAUUAGCGUCAGGGGUCCCUCGCCUUCCCUCCCUGAUCCACCGCUACCAGUGCUCUCUCGGCCCAGUCAGUGCUUGCAGGCCCGGCUAAGGACUCCGCCGGAAAACGCUGCCUGCCACAGUACCCUUGCAUCAUAUUAAAGGGGAAGAACAACUGUUACAUAUUAG